AUGGUUGCCAAAAGGCAAGCGCCAUUCCGCCCAAAAUAUGGCGUGGAACUGGGCUUGCGUGUUGGCGACCGGGACCCGGACACGAGCGAGGUGCUUACAGCCACCUGCUUGUUCUGUCAGCUGUUCGGCCGCGAGAACAAACCAGGAGCGCAGCGACGCGCCACAGAGAAAGUGGCGGUGUUCAAGCCUCCGUUCCGCAAAGACUCGAUCCAGAUCCACCACGUGGGGCAGCACCCGACUAAGUGGGCUGAAUACUGCGCCUUAUCCAGCGAUGACAGCAAACGCGCCUUCUUCAUCGCUGCGGGGGCGUCCAUGGAGCUCACUCAAGCCAACAUCGUCACGGUACUCAUUGGCAUCAUGCUGCCAUAUGCGGCAUCUCCCGUUAUUGCGGGACAGACGUACCAGCUGCACGCAGUAGCAGACUUUGAGGACAUGGUGAACGCAGCAGAAGGUGUAGCGGUUGACAUGCUGAUUGCCAGAUACCGUAUUGUGAUCAAAGACCCUGUCCAGUUCCAGCAGUUCGUGGACUAUUUGAGUCUUAGUGGGUCUCUCAACAACACAUCCAGAAUGCUACUUGCUAGCUCGCAGCCAACACCUUUGGGUCCGUUCUUCGACGACGAAAGACAAUUAUCGCCGAUCAAUGUGGCGCAGUAUUCGAAGUUUCUAUGUGCUAUUAAUUUUCAGAGGAUUUCUGACAUUGUCAAGAGCUCAGGGGUUUUCUCGAUCGGUCUUCAAGUGGCACCGAUUGCCCCGGCGUCGUUCUUUGAAGCUCAAGUGGAAUAUUGUCUACAUCUGCAGCUUCGAGUGUUUGUAGACGGACAAAUCUCGAGUUUCCAUGUGCUGUCGAUCCCGUUAAACAAACGGCGGCGAUCGGACGCUGAUGGGUCCAGUGGGGUCUUUGAAAUUGCCGAAACAGCGCUGAAUGCUAUUGUUCCUCGAUGGAAGGACACGAUGCUGGCUGUGAUCUGCGACAGCGACGGGAUCACUGCGCACGAAUCCGAUGAUCCGCGACUGUUACUCCGUAACGCAGUGGCUAGUCGCUUCGAGAGUGUCGCCAAGCCUGGAUUUCUUCGAGUUUGCUGUGCUGCUCGUCAACUCGAUGCAGCUAUGCAGAGGUUUUUCACCAGAAUUCUCGGUAGCGACGAGGUGUAUUCAAAGCUCACGACGUUAAUCGCGUACGUUAGUCGUCAACGUGUGCUGCUUACUACGAUCAAGACGAGUGCUCCGAGUCUCAACGACAGUCGCUGGAAAUCGGUUGCUACUGUUGCGAUGUGGUUUCGACGUUAUGGUGCGAGUAUCCGACAGCAUUUUGAGCGAUCACAGUCGAGUUCUGCACCGCCUGCUUCGUGGUGGAUACGCGUGUUAGUUGCUGCUCGUAUCGGCCAGCAAGUUUUACCAAUUCUGGAAGAUAUUUCGGGUUUUACUUUAGAAACUUCUCAGCAGCGAGAUGCCGUGGUUAAGCUACAAACGCUCUUGAUCAAGUGGUUCAGCAUCUCGGGGCCUGUGGAACUUGACGAUCCUGCUGUGGCUGCAGCCACCGCUCAGUCAAGAACGGAUAAUUCCAUCAUUUCGAAGGAUGGCAGGUACUCGAUCGACACGAAGGACGUUUGUACAGGGCUGGAAGAUCUGGGUACCUUCGUCUCGGACGCGCUACAGACCGAGGACGAGGCCGUUAAUUUAGUGGUGAAUGAGAUUGCUACAGGUGUGGUCAACCUCGUGUCUGGGCUCUAUUCUAUCACGCUUGAUAUCGAUGGAAUUGGCGCGGUUGUAGCGGACUUACCGGCUGUGUUACCGCAAGAUCUCGUUAAGCUACGUGGACGUCAAUUUUCAGCGACAGUUCGUCCUCAAAUGCAGCGACUUCGACUUGCUGGCUGGUCACGACAAGAUAUCGACUGGAUCGAGCAGGAUUUCCAGGAUCUGUGCGCUUCUUAUUGUCGGGAUUCGAUGUUGCAAUCGACCCUGGAUUCCAGCACGAAUAAAAGCUCCUUCCCAGUCUCGUGGAGUUAUUUCCAAGGGCGAUUUACGUAUCUGCAGCGGUUUUGUGGAGUCGUGGCGACUGCGUACCCCAUGGCUGAUAUCAGCUCCGACUUUAUUAGUGCUAACAAUAUUUCGAUUAUGGGCUGCAAUGCGUUGGCUCCAAUGACACAAAUCACCAGUUUACCCGGAGACGUGGAAGCCGGCGUGUCUGAUCUGUCGGUGCAAGCAGCACUACAAGCUAAACAGUUUCGACGGCUACAAGCCGUGAAACUAUAG